ACCCUAUCCAAGGUCAUUAUCACAAUUGCAACCGGUCUCUCCCAUGCCCGAGAAGUGCGAGAUAUCUUCCUAGACAUUGUGGAAAAGCUCAUUGAGCCUGUCGUGGCGGCCCAGUGGACCUACCAGGAUUUCUCCACCUUCCUCACCGCUUUUGACGAGGCAUUGCGUAUCCUCCCGCCGGCUCGGUACGAGCAUACACCCACUUCUCUCUUCUUAAUUAAAAAUAGUGUUUCAUUUUUCACUGGUUUCUGA